CCCAUUGAGGGUCGCAGCCUCCCAUCGUCCUGGAGCGGGUUUGUCUGUCCUCAGCGGAUGAGAAAACCGAGGCAUAUGGGUUCACCCUGCUGAAACUCCCACCCUUUCUUCACCCAGACAUCUCUUUUCGCACAAUACUGGCUCCUUAGGAAGCUCUACAAAGGAUCAUUUCAACUCUGGCAAAUAAAAAUGAUGAAAUUCAGAACUUUAUUGAUACACUAAAUCAAACACUAAAAGGAGUCCAGGAAAAUUCUUCUAACAUACUUUCAGAGUUAGAUGAAGAAUUUGAUAGUUUGUACUCUAUAUUGGAUGAGGUGAAAGAAAAUAUGGUUAGCAGUAUCAAGCAGGAACAAGCUCGUAAAUCACAUGAGUUACAGAGUCAGCUUAGUCAAUGUAAUAAUGCCCUGGAGAACUCUGAAGAACUACUAGAAUUUGCAACACGAUCAUUAGAUAUAAAGGAACCUGAAGAAUUUUCAAAGGCUGCCAGACAGAUCAAGGAUAGAGUAACAAUGGCUUCGGCUUUUCGCCUUUCUUUGAAACCAAAGGUCAGCGACAACAUGACUCAUUUAAUGGUAGAUUUUUCUCAGGAAAGACAGAUCCUGCAAACUUUGAAGUUUCUGCCAGUUCCCAAAGCUCCAGAGAUUGAUCCGGUAGAGUGUUUGGUGGCUGACAAUGCUGUAACAGUAUCCUGGAGAAUGCCAGAAGAAGAUAAUAAGAUUGACCAUUUUAUACUGGAAUAUAGGAAGACUAAUUUUGAUGGACUUCCACGUGUAAAGGAUGAGCGAUGCUGGGAGCUAGUUGAUAAUAUUAAGGGUACUGAAUAUACACUGUCAGGCUUAAAAUUUGAUUCAAAGUAUAUGAAUUUCAGAGUGCGAGCUUGUAACAAGGCUGUGGCUGGAGAGUAUUCUGAUCCAGUGACCCUAGAGACAAAAGCACUUAACUUCGCUUUGGAUAACUCAUCAUCCCAUUUGAACCUGAGAGUUGAAGAUAGCUGUGUAGAGUGGGAUCCCACAGGAGGAAAAGGUCAAGAAAAUAAAAUUAAAGGAAAAGAGAACAAGGGCAGUGUCCAUGUUACUUCACUGAAGAAACACUCAAGAAGUGGUACACCAUCCCCCAAACGGACAUCUGUAGGCUCCAGGCCACCAGCAGUGAGAGGCAGCAGAGAUCGUUUUACUGGGGAAUCAUACACAGUGCUGGGAGACACUGCUAUUGAAAGUGGACAACAUUAUUGGGAGGUCAAGGCCCAGAAGGAUUGUAAAUCCUACAGUGUGGGAGUAGCAUAUAAGACUUUGGGGAAAUUUGAUCAGUUAGGAAAGACAAAUACUAGUUGGUGUAUCCAUGUCAACAACUGGCUACAAAACACAUUUGCAGCAAAGCACAAUAAUAAAGUCAAAGCCUUGGAUAUUACUGUUCCUGAGAGAAUAGGUGUAUUUUGUGAUUUUGAUGGGGGUCAACUUUCUUUCUAUGAUGCAAACUCAAAACAGUUGUUAUAUUCUUUCAAGACAAAAUUUACUCAGCCAGUCCUACCAGGUUUCAUGGUUUGGUGUGGUGGACUUUCUUUGAAUACUGGGAUGCAAGUUCCAAGUGCUGUGAGAACAUUUCAAAAAAGUGAAAAUGGAAUGACCGGUUCAGCUAGCAGCCUAAACAAUGUUACUCAGUAAUGGCUACUGGAAUGUGUUUAUUCCCCCGUCUUUUCAUUGAAUGGCCUUUUCUGUGCAGCUACUAAUCACAGAAAUUUAUAAUGAUGGAAAUCAGGUUUGCUACGUCCUGCUUUAACACCUGGAAUCUGUUAGCAUUAAGCAUCUAGUAUGAAGCAUUCACAGAAACCUCCUGCGCAGUGUCAUAGAAGCAAGCAGAUGUUGAAGAAUCUGAAGUUUUGAAGAGUAAAUGGGGGUAAAGGGCAGUGUUUUAGUUGUAUAGAAACCCAUUUUUGUGUUUCUUGGAUUACUUUGACUUUUCUAGUAUGUAUAGUAACAUCUAGUAGUCCUAGGGCCUGGGCUGAAAAAACAUUUGAAUUUUUGCCUUCUUUCCUCAUUACGACCUAUUUAGUUCUUGCACUGAAGCUUUAAAAAUAUAUAGUCCUCUAAGGGUCUCUAAAAACUGAAAUAAUUGGUUGGAGAUGUAGAAAAGUUUUCUUAGAAUAGGGGUUUAUAAAUAAAUUGAGUUACUGGCUAGCUUUAUAUCAUUUUCUCUUUUCCAUAUAUUUUGAUAUUUUUCUUUUGGUUUAACUCAAAAUAGAGUAGGAAUUUUGUGGACAUAAUGGCUUAAAAUCACCCAAAUUUUGUUUUUUUACCUGCUGCACUACUGGUGGCAAAGGGGAUAAUCUUCAUAUGUUGCUUUCUUUAAAUAGACUUCUUUUCAUUCCAUCAUUUUGCAUGAUGGGUAAAAUUUUCAAAAGCUUUAUAUUUUCUGAUUUUGUUGUCUACUUUAAAACCACUUUCAAUAGUUAUCUGGUAAAAUCCCCACUUGCAUUUGGUAAUACAUGAUAAAUAUAUUGAUUUUUAACAUUUUUAGUAGAAAUGAGUUUAUUAAAGUUACUGAAUGGUGAAAAAAACCUACACUAUUCAACUUUCAUCUAAGAAGGACAGGUUAUAAAGGGAGGUGCCUAAACCUAUCUUUUACUGAAGUAAUUUACAUCUGCUUUUUAACUAUACAUGGAAUAGUUUGAACAAUUUUUUAAAAAAUCCACAUAUCUGACUUACUUGGCACCUAAGUUUUUCAAACAUAACUAUUCAGAGAUUAUUUUUCUCUCAGUCCUUUCAUUUGCUUUCUAAAAGGGGUUAAUUCUUCCAAAAAUUGAUGGAGAAAUCUUUCUCAAACUUAUGGAAAAUAUGUUAAACAAUGACUAAAACCCGUGGUUAUCAAACAGAUAACUAUUUUUUAAAGGUUGAUUAAAAUUUCUAACACAGUUCCUUUGAGCCAAACUAAAAGUUGUACUUACAGUAUUUAAGAAUGCCUUGAGCAUUUUAAAGAGGUCUACAUUUGUGUUUUCCUUUAUUUUUGAAGCUUACCUUGUCAUGUUGACUUUCUUUUCAUUUUAAUUAUAUUGUGUUAAAACAACCUUCUCCGAAGAAGUGACUGUUGCUGCUUACACUUGAGGUGGUUUCUACUGAAAGACCUGUGGAAUGGUAAUAGCUAAUUUUCUCAAAGUUUACUGCUUACUGAUGGCUUUUUUUUUAUUGGUUAAAUCUAAAUGAGCAAUUUCAUUUGAACUGGGGUCUUACUUUUCUGGAGGACAUUCAUAUCUACAUAGUUGUUUGGUGAUAUGUUGGUAAUUUUAAAGGCUGUAAGGCAGCCUUUAAUGAAAUAUGUUCAGAGAGAUUCUUUUGAUUAUCCAACAAAUAUAAUUUUGGUUUUUGUUCCUUGUGGAGAUUUAGAAGUGUUCUAUUCUCUGUAGCAGGGUUAUCCAGGACCUAAGAAAACAGGAAGCUAUAAUUCCCUUUUAUAGUCCAACCUAAAAGCAGUAAUUUAGUGGUCUAGUUGCUUUAUGUGAACAGUUAUACAAUAAAUUUUAGCAAACAUGACACAGAAAAAGUCAGGAAUUCUUAUAUAAAAUUUUUUACUAUUAUGUCUGAUAAAAUUUUGUCGUCUUACUAAUUCAGUGCCUUCUUCUCCUCUAAGCGUACUCUCGUUCCAUACCCCAUGUGUGUCAACUGAUAUUUAAGCCAGAGCCCAUUCUGUUGUACUGGUGAGGGCCUUCUAUUCCAGGGACAUGGGCGAAAGGAACUGUUAAUCAGGGGCUGGAGGAGUGCAUUUGAUUCUUUCCUGUGCUCAUGCUAUCAUUUGAAAUUCUUCAUAUAAAAUAUUCUAAUAUUCAUUUGGAAAAUUCAUUUGAAAUAAUACCAUUAUUACUCAAAAUAAGAAUCUGAGGUUUUCUUACUCUGCCUCUUUUUAAAGGUCUCCAAAAUUAAAGAACAAAAUGUAUGGAUUAAAUUUAGUUGUUUUAAAUUUGUGUUACUUUAAACUGGAGAAAGUUUGCCACCCUCAUUUUCAAACUAGAAAAUAAUCAAUGGUAGUGCCUACUUAAAUAGUCUUAAAGUACUUGACCAUAAUAGAUAACAUUCUCACUGACAUUUGAAUUUAAAAAAUGUUAACUCUUUUGCUAAAUUUAACAUAUCAUGAAAAGUUGAUAUACCCUUAGAAACAUUCUUUAUUGCUUUCCUUACUCCUUGUCUUGGCAGGUCAAAUAAGAUUGCUGUCAGUAAAAGGAUGCUUAAGAGGUUGACUGUAAUGAAUGCAUCACAGGUGUAAAGAAUGAUGUUUUAUAAAAAUAUGCACCAAAUAUUGCAUUUUUCUUUUAGCAAUUGAAUUCCAAACCAGUUUUACUAACUGCAUAAAGAAAUGAAGGAAUUGCCUUAAGCACUUUAGAAAAAGAAAUAUCUUUCACAAUUCAUUUUGACUUUCUAGGCUGACCAUGUCACUUAUGUCUUUAUCUUUUGGUAAAUAUGUAUACAUCAAGCAUUUAAUAAAUCAGUAUACAUUGAGGCUUAAUGUACAGUGAUUCAUUGAAUGUUGUCGGUGUAGGUAAGUCGAAAGUAUUAACAGCUUGUUUAUUCCUGGGGUUAAAUUUAUGAUGGCAUCUGUACAAACCUGAACUGCUGCUGUAGAGCUAGACUUGACCUACUUUGUGCAGCAAAUAGUAAUUUUCUCCAUGUUAUCAUCUUAAGAAACACAGUGGCUUAGUUCUAUUUAUUCAUUUAUGGAAUUAAAAACACAACAAUAUCAUAUAUAAUUUUAAUUUUUUGUGACUAAUCCUUGGUGGUAUAAGUGAUAAAAGUAAAUAAUUUGUAAUAAAAGGUUUUAAUUAAGGUAAGAAAUUCUAUUUCAUGAUGUACCCUCAAUGAUUAAUUUUUCUCUAGUACCUUUUCCACAAAAUUACACUUAUAUAUUUUUGUUUCUUUUGGAAACAUGUAAAAUUUUUGGGAAAGGAUAUAUAUGGAAAAGUCAUUUCAGAGUAUUAAUUUUGAAAAGAAUGGUGUAUAGACUUCUUACUCUAAAAUAAUGUACUUGGGACCAUAUUUUCAAAUCAUCAUCAUGAUUCUUUUUUUAAAAAAGACCACGUAUUUUUAAAAAGGCCAAGAUCAGUUCAUUUAUUAGCAAAUUCAUAUGACAAAUAUGAAAGUGUCUGAUAUGACAGUCUUACUCUGUAUUCAAAUUUCCAAAAGUAGUGGUUUGAUUUACUGUUAGAGUUUUGCUGCUUUUAAAUGAUGUAACAAAAUUUGCACCUCAAAACAAUGUUUUGCAGAUAGGUCAGAAAAUUAUUUAUCAAAUGAAUUUGCUAUAGUUUGUAAAAAAUUCAAAUUAACUGCAUAUAAUAUGUUUCACUUUUAUGUAGUCACAUGAAAUUUUUCUGCAAAGGUUUCUUUUUUCAUUUUAAUUUUACAAUGGAUAUGUUCUUUUAGGAAAGUGUAUGGUCAGCAUAAAUUUACUAGAGAUCCAAGUCACCAUAAAGUAGUUAUUUUUAACCAAAAUAUACAUUUCAUAAUGCUGGUAAUGGAGCAUUAUAAGAGAUCAUGAAUGUUUCCUUGAUCAUCACAGAAAGAUUACCUCACAUUCAGUGUAGUUUUAGUUUUGUGCUUGUCUUAUUCACAUUGUGCAAGUAUUUAUGGUCCUGAUGUAUCUUUGGAAUAUUUGAUUAUUUUGAAUAAUUUGAGCUUUCUGAAUAAUAUGGAUUAAAUGGAUUGCUUUUGGUAUAUGUUGUUUUUGUUGAAAAGAAAGUGUUGGACAUAAAAUAUAAAGGUUAGUAUUGGCUUAUAAACAAAUGCCAAAAGUGCCAUAGUACUUUUCUGCUCAGAUUACCCAGUUAUUAAAACAGUGUUUGUUAUAUUGGGGUUAUUAUAAGAUACUGUUGAUUCAUUAUCAUUUCAGCUAUGUUAGUUUAAUCUGAUAUAUUGCUUAAUGGUACCCAUUUAAUAUAAAUUGGUCCUUGGGAAUAAUGGACAUAUAGAGGAUUUCUUAGUAUGUAAGGCAGUAUGUUGGUGAUUCUGUUUGCAUUUGGGUUGGAGCGUUUUAAGUUUGGACCAAUUUUAAAGUGUGAGUAAUUGGCAAAAGACAUUUUCAAAAUUGGCAAAAGAACUUUUUGUAGAAUUUAAGGGCCACAAGAAUGCAUAAUUAUUUUUUUAAAACUUUUUUUUUUUUAAUUUACGCAAUCACUGGGUGCAGUCAGAAGCGUGGGAGGGUGAGAGAAUUCACCAGAGCCAGAGUGAGGAACAGAACAGGCAGAAUAAGGAAGAACACUGCUGAGGGGCGCAGCGGGCACAGCAGGAGAGGUCUGCGCACCAUGUGGGACUCUCGCCGGCGGACGGGGAAUCGAACCAGAGCUACAAAGGCUGUGGGCAGCUUCGCAGCCCAGUGCUCAACCGCUGCGCCACCAGGGGAGGCCCAGAAUGCAUAAUUUUUUUAAAAAAACAUUUCCAGUAACUCUGAGGUACCAAAGCAUGGAGUCCAAUUUAUCUUUUAAGGGAAACUCUUUAAAAUCAAAUUUAUUGCUAAGUCAUACUAUAAAAUAUAUAAUAGCUAAAGUUAAGGAGUAUUUAUACUAGUUUUUGAAGCCACUAGUUUUUGAAAUUUUGAAUAUGAUAAAAAUAUAUUUUGCCUUCAUUUCUCUUAUUUAAAAUUAAUGACCUUAAUUCUAUCAUAUACUAGAUCUAUGACCUCUACAUGUAUCACUUAUCAUCUUUGGGUCUCCAUUGCCUUUUACAUGAAAUAAUUGGAACUUGUUCAGCCUACCUCACAGGGCUGUUGUGAGGAACAAAAUGGAGUAUGUGAAAACACUUCAACAACAGUAGAAUGCUAUAUAAAUGUAAUAUUUUCAGUUAAUAUUGGAUUUAAGGGUUUAGAUAACUUCUAGAUGCCAUCUACUUUGCUACAGCAUGUGCUUAAAGUGGUAUCGCCAGGACUUCAAAUGUUAUUUUUUUAAAAAAAACAGACAGCCCUGAUUAAAAUGCCCUUUAAUAUUCUUUAGUUUGUGCAUGACCUGUGGCCUUUUGUAUUUUCUCAUCAAGUCUGUUAUUCUAUAUCAAGACUUACAGAAACUGUAAAAUUUCUCCCACAGCAUUAGUAUGUCAGUGUAGAAUAAUAAUAUGAAUUAAAUUAUAUUUCUUUCCAAGCAUUUGCACUUCCAAUUUAUGACUGUUCAGUGCCAUAUGCAAAGACUGAAUUUGGCCUAAAUUCUUUCUAAACAAUUAACAGUUUGCUGUCAUGGGAUAAAUGAUACAAAGUAUAUGUGCCCACUUAAUAUUUGUUGCAUUGUCAUAAAAAAUAAGAAUUCAGAACCUUGUCAAUCAGUUAGUCUCUCCUAUUUUGCUUUAAAUUAUAUUUAUUAAAUAGUUUUCUGAUUAUCUUGAUCUAUAGAUGUGUGUUAUCUAUAUCUAUAGGUAUGUCUGUCAUCUGGACUGGUUUUGGUAUGCAGUUCUGAUAAUAAAAAUUCUAAUUUCUCAGGUUCAAACUUUAUGUUAUGGUUGAAGAACAUUAAUGAAACACUUACAAUGUCCUCAGUGCUGCACACUAGUGUUUUGAUAAGCAUAUUGCCGCAUUUUCCUUGGAAAUAAGCCAGCCUUUUAAAUAGUUUUUAAACUUUAAAAUAGAGCAUUCAAAGUGGAGUUACUUGAUGUUGAAAUGAUUGUGUGUUCUGUGCAGAAUGACCAAGUUCUUAAAAAGAAGCACCUGGAAUAUCUCAUCAAAAAAUUAAACUUUUUUCUGCUUUUGCUUUAGUGCUUGCAUUUAUCAACUCUCUUAAGUAUCCACAGUGCACUGUUAGGGAUUAGAAGUUAAAAGUCAUAGUCUUUUUUGCCCCAAACAAUUUUGCAGCAGUGUUUAACAGAAUUUUAUGCAGUGAUGGAAAGUUCUAUAUUUGUGCGGUCCAGCAUAGUAGCCACAGGCAGAGCUCUUGAGCACUGUAAAUAUGGCUAGUUCAACUAAGCAACUAAGAUUUUAAAUUGAUUUAGAUGAAAAGAGCUACAUAUUGUUAUUAGGUGCUAUUUUGUACAGUGCAGUCAUGAAACUGGCUAUAUGAAACUAGUAUAAGUCAGGAAUUUAGUUUGUCUUUGGAACUUGUACCAUUUUGGUAGAUGGCAACUAAGAGAAAACAGGAACAAUUUGUAUUCUAACUCAAAGCUAAAUUAGGAGAAAAAAGAAAGCCAGUCAAUGACAAGAUGAGAAUAGAGUGCCUGUAACUAAGAUCAUUUUUACUGAGAGAACGGAUAAUCCAUUAAUCAUGUAGAGGGAGGAGUGUGAAAAAGAUUAAAAAAAAAACCAGUACCCUCAUAUUAAAGAUGAAUUGUCAAUGGUGCAGCUUUUCUAGAGAAAAAUUUAAUGAUGCCAAGAUUUUAAAUAGACAUACUUUUGAAAAGCUAAUUCAUUUUUCUAGGUAUUUCACAUAUACUCACAUGUAUUAAUUGCAGCCAUUACGAUAGCAAAAUACAAGCAAUCUUAAUUGAAGAGAAAAUGAGCUAGCAGAAUUUCAGAGACUUCCCUUUUCUAACUUGCACCAUCGUUAUGUAGCUGUCUAGAUAUAUUCUACAUGUCUAUGUCAUUGACUCUCUCCCCUCCCCAAUAAAUGUUACAAAUGUGUAGACCAUUAUGGGAGUUGGCUUCCUCAGUUAGGCCCCUUUCCUUGGUAUAUCAGUGCUACUGUGCCUGACUGCAGGUCUGUGGGAAAAGAGCUCAGGAAAUUGUG